AAUCCUACCAGACUGCUACCCGCCCUGCUACAGCUGCGGCAUUCGACUCAACCAUCUCACAGCAGAAGGUACGGAAGACGACGAGUCCUCUCUACCCCCCGACUAGUGUUGCCACGAAUCUUUCGGCCGAUCCACUUCCUCUUCUACAAUCAGAUAAGAAGUCCACUGCGAUCUUUUAGCAGUGGAAACACCGAGAUGGCUUCGACGACAACCACCCCACCCACCACCACCUACCACUUCCGAGUCCGUAUGACCUGCAGCGGCUGCUCUUCCGCCAUCACCCGCGUCCUCACCAAGACUUCCGGCCUACAAUCAUUCAAGGUCGACCUCGACUCACAGACAGUCGAUGUAAUUCCGCUUGCUGGAGGAAAGGUAGAGGAAGGAGGAGCAGGUUUUGAGGAGGUCAAGGAGAAGAUUAGGAAGACGGGAAAGGAGAUUUUGGAGGCGGAGAUUGUGUGAGGGUGGGACAGUUGGGGUAUAGAGUGAGAGGAGUGAAGUGUCAUAUUGUAUUCACAGGCAAAGGUGUAGCGGCAAGGCAAGAGCAUACAUAGAUGACGGGGUCGUAGCAAGCUUUUCAUUGGAUCCGGUGAUGGCAUCAUUCAAUUCUGAUGCAGUCCUCAAUAUAAAUGCCCAUCUCUACUGAUUGUGGAGUCUUGCGGACCCGCGGUGACAGC